UUUGAGCGCGGGUUGCUGCUUGCUUUCUCAAAUCCCAAUUUGGAGCUGGCGUUCGUUCGUUUCAGAAAAUAGAAAAUAGAAAAUAGAAAAAGAAGAUGCAAGCAGUGGCAAAGCUGAGCAAGAACCUCACUCGGCCUCUCUUCUUCCUCGCUCCAAGAACCUUAACCACCCUCACUGCUCCUUCUUCUUUAUCGAACUUGCUUUCCUCACCGGGCUGUGACACCAGCAUCACCCACUGCACCAACACUUGUCUCACUGGAAGAACUCUGCUUCAAUCUCCCUGGUCCGCCAUCCAACACCGCGGAGCCGUUGUCCUGGGCUCCGAUGUGAGAGCUGGAAAUGUCAUUGAGAGGAAAGAUCGUCUUUACCAGGUGAUAAAGGUAGAACAUUCCCAUGAAGGAAGAGGAAAAGCGCACAUUAAGGUGGAGCUUCGUGAUGUUGACUCUGGAAACAAGACAUCCCAAAGGUUGUCGACAGAUGAGGCAGUUGAAAGAGUAUUUGUUGAGACAAAAAGCUAUAUUUACAUGUGCACGGAUCGUGAUGGCAUUGUAUUAUUGAUGGACCCUGAUACGUAUGAUCAGCUCGAAGUGCCUGAGGACUUAUUUGGAAAGAAGGCUAAAUACCUACAAGAGGAACUGAAAGUUAAAGUAGAGCUGUUUAACGGAACCCCUUUGUCCGCAUCAGUUCCAAAACAUGUGACAUGCAUUGUCAAGGAAGCACAACCUCCUGUGAAGGGGAUUGCAGCAACACCUAAGGAUAAAAUAGCUGAGAUGCAAAAUGGCUUCACCAUGAAAGUACCACCUCACAUCAUAGCUGGUGAAGCUGUGAUAAUUGACACUGAGGACGACUCCUAUGUCAGAAGGGCCAAGGCAUAGUACUUAAUAUCAUUGCUUCAGUCUGAUGGAGAGAUGGAAUAUCAUUUGGGCAGAGUCUAAGAUCACUCGUUGAGUUCAACUCCGUAAUGGAUGAAUUUAUUAUUAACCUUGAUGGGGUUGCUGCUGAUUCAGUGUGAUGUAUAUUUACUCAUACAACAUUAGAGAAUGAUACACAGCUCUUUAGGGAGGAUCCAAGUUUUGCUCUUGAACUUGAUGAACAAUUGUUUUCUGCGUGCAAUUUAGUUUAUAGAAAGUAACGUUUCACAUU